AGGGUAAAAAAAAUGGCCACGUUGCCACUAUCAUAUCCCAUGUCCGGAGGUGACGGCCCACACAGUUAUGUUCGCAAUUCUUCCUACCAAAAAGCAGCAAUAGACAGUGUUAAGGAAAAGACCAAAGAAGCAAUCUCAAAGAUAUUAGAUUUCCAUAACCAACCUUUCAAAGGCGAAGUCUUUAGAGUUGCGGAUUUCGGUUGUUCCUUUGGACAAAAUACGUUUGAUGUGGUCGGAAACAUCAUCCAAACCGUCGAACUCAAACACAAACAAGAAAAGACCGAAGAGGAGAAGAUCAAGAACCCUAAAAAGGAACUCGAGUUCCACGUUUUCUUCAACGAUCAACCCAACAACGAUUUCAACACUCUCUUCAAAACCCUACCUCUCUUGUUAUCUACCCGCAGGUGCUUUGCCUAUGGAGUUCCGAGUUCCUUCUACGGAAGGGUACUUCCGAGAAAUAGCAUUCACAUUGGACACACUUCCUACACGCUUCACUGGCUGUCUAAAGCUCCCGAAGAUGUCGGCGAUAGAAAUUCUCCGGCUUGGAACAAAGACAGCAUACAAUGUACCAGUUUGGUAGGAGAAGCGAGCAAUGCUUAUAGGGUGCAAUUCAAGAGAGAUAUGGCAGAUUUUAUUGAAGCGAGAGCCGAGGAACUUGUCCCCGGAGGAUUGAUGAUCAUCUCGGGACAGUGUUUGCCUGACGAUGUAUCGAUGGUUUCGACGUGGAAGGGUGUUGUCAUUGACAUGAUAGGAGACUGUCUUUUCGACAUGGCGAAAUCGGGAGUAACACGAGAAGAAAUGGUCGAAUCGUUCAACUUGCCGAUAUAUUUUCCGAAUACAAGUGAAUUGGAAGAAGUGAUCGAGCAAAAUGGAUGUUUUAGGAUUGAGAUCAUGGAGGAAGUAAAGCAUCCUAUGGAGGAUGAGACAUUGAGCAAUGACUUCAUCGUUUCUAAGUUUCGAGCCAUCUUCCAUGGAGUUAUCGAGGAACAUUUCGGAGGUGGUCUGAUCGAUGAGUUGUUCGGUCGAUUUGCUAAGAAACUCACAUCAUACCCUGUUGAUUUUAAGAAAUGCCGUAAGGAUAUGCAAUAUUUUAUUGUGCUCAAGCGAUAUGUAUUUUAAUAUAUUGGCGAAGAAACUUUUGUAUCAUCAACCCUAUCAAUUAUCCAUUUGUCAAAAUAAAUAUUUUUAAGGGAGAGAGGAAAGAAAUUUCCGAUA